GUUGAUUGUGUCAGCUACAGACCGAGGGUCACCACGGCUCAUGGGCAGUGCUACACUCACCGUCAUUGUCCUCGACCUGAAUGACAACAGUCCCACCAUCCCACUGCCAAAGCUGGUGCGCGUUCCAGAGAACAACCGCCUCCGCGAUCACCAUGAAGACAAUCGCCGGCAGAUUCGCGACCUCUGCGGCUAUGGGGAACAACUCUGUCUCGCCGCAGCUCGGUCGCCGCAGCCACCUCCGCCCCCACUGACGUCACCAACCCACACGCCCACAACGCCGCAUGUAACAAUGUCAGAGUUUGCAAGUUCCGGGAGCAGCAUAGUUACUGUGACAGCCACUGACCGUGAUCCUGGUGAAAAUGGGGAAAUCAUGUACAGCCUGAAAUCCCCAAAAACUGGAGGAUUUUCCAUUGACCCUCACAAUGGGACUCUGUUUACUGUGAGGGAUGUGGAUCUGAGGCUGGCUGAACCUUUGGACCUGGUGAUUGAAGCACGAGACUGCGGCUCCCCACCUCUCUCUUCUUUUACCACGGUUCAGAUCCAGGUGCUGGACAUCAAUGACCACUCUCCAUCCUUCACUCAGCCCGAGUACAAGGCUCAGGUACUGGAGGACCUGCCUCCAGGAAGCACCAUCCUGACCCUGGAGGCUAUUGACUUGGAUUACUCCUGGGAUAACAGUGGCCUUGAUUACAGCAUUAUCAGUGGGGACACAGGUAAUGUGUUCCAGCUGCAGAGCCAACUGCAGGUUAUAGACGGUCACUUUAGGACGACUGCCUCUCUCAUACUGCUCGACACUUUGGAUUUUGAAACUGUCACCAAGUACAAUUUAACCAUCGCAUCAUUGGAUUAUGGAGUCCCUCAGCGCAGUGCACUCGCCUCUGCCGUCAUUACAGUACAGGAUGUCAAUGAUAAUGCUCCUGUCUUUAACCGUACUCAAUACAAAGUGACUGUGAGUGAGGAUGUUGCUGUAGGGACUGAGAUUGUCCGAGUGGCAGCUCAUGACCUUGAUUCUGGGGGUGACUCUGUGCUGCGAUACAGUAUCAGCUCAGGUGAUGAAGAUACGCAGUUCGAGGUGGGUGAGAGAACAGGGAUUGUCAAAUUACGUAAAGCCCUUGAUCGUGAGGCACGGUCUCGGCACACAAUCAUCAUCCAGGUGACCGAUGGCCAGGCCCCUCAGGCUAACUUUGCCCUGGUCCCACUGACAGUGGAACUAAAGGAUGUGAAUGACAACCAACCCUUCUUCCCAAUGCAAACACUGAGUGCUAACAUCCGCGAGAAUUUGCCAGCUCAUUCGCUCGUGGCCAAAGUCCGUGCCAUCGACUUUGACUGUGGAAGAUUUGGUGAGUUACAAUACUCGAUCAUCAGCCAGCCCAUCUCCAUGACAGGCUUUGGGAAAGACAAAGAAAUGUUUGACAUUAACCAGCUGAGCGGAGAGCUUCACACAAAACUCUCAUUUGAUUUUGAGAAGUUGAACUCCUUUCAGGUUGUGGUGAAGGCAGUGGAUUCUGGGAACUCCUCAGCCACUGUCACUGUCCAGGUCCAUGUGACUGGGGAGGAUGAGUACGAUCCCAUUUUUGUCAACCCCGUGUAUAACUUUGUUGUCCCAGAGAACGCAAAGAAGGGCCAGAGCAUUGGGCAAGUGAUAGCCACGGAUGAGGAUGGAGGUCUCGAUGGGAUUGUCCUGUACUCACUGUUAACCCCAUCACAGUACUUUGAGGUGAACAAAACUACAGGUGACAUCAUCCUCAAGAUGGACAAUCAGAGACACCAAGGCAAACGAUCAAAGAGAGAAACUCGGACAAUGACCCUCAACAUCCAGGCCAAGAGCCCACUGGUAUCCUCCAGAUUCUCCAGCACCAAGGCACAUAUUGACAUCACUCAGACCUCGUUUGGAUUAACAACUGAGCUCAAUUGGUUGCUGAUAGUUGCCUUGGCAGCGUCACUGGGAAUUGGGGGGAUUCUUGCCAUCAUCGGCUUGGCCCUGGUGAUCAUCCGAGCCAGGAGGAGAAGGAAGAACCAAGAGGCAAGCAGCGGCUCACAGCUCGACAACAUUCCGGAACCCACCUUCCAGAAACUGGGAACUGAGGAUGCCACUUUACCAUCCAGUGACCGUAUC